AUGGUGUUAUUGCAUAAUAUAGGCAACAUACUUAUAUCUGUCUGUUCCACAGUAUUCGCUCACAGUAGUGAUCGUACCAAUAAUGAUAUUCAUCAUCAUCAUGGUCAUCAGGAUACGCAUGAUCAUGUACAUACUUCCACAGUGCAAUUGAUUAAUCCAGCAAUUAUUACAUCAAUUAUUCAAUAUAUGGAAAAAAAUAUAUUUAUUUGGAAUCCAUUAUUUAAUUCAUUAUGUGCAGUUACAUUUAUUCAAUUAUUGCCAUUCAUAACAAUUUGUCUAUUACCUGUAAAUCAAUUGAAUAUUCAUAUAAUGGUCUCAUUUGCUUUAGGGACUCUCUUAGGAGAAAUUUUUCUACAUUUAAUUCCUGAAUCUAAUCCUAGUACUGUUGGCAUGGGCUUAUUCAUUGGUGUAAUGACUUUCUUAUCAAUUGAUAAAUUAAUUAGAAUCUUAUCAAUAAAUGAUAAAUCUGACAAUACUCAUUCUCAUAGCCAUGGUCAUUCACAUAGCCACAGUCAUGAAAUAAAUGAGAAAGAUGAAAUCAACAAUAAAAAUAAAAAUAAAAAUAAAGAUUCAUCAAUUUAUUUAUCUAUUAUUACUGCAUUGAUUCAUAAUGUGACAGAUGGAAUCACUAUUGCAACGUCAUUUUAUAAAUCGGUACCUAUUGGAACAAUUACAAUGAUUGCAUUCUUAUUUCAUGAAUUACCUCAUCAAUUAAGCGAUUAUGCAAUUCUGUCGACUUCAAAUGAAUCGAAAUUUCAAUUUUUCUGUAAAAGUGUCAUUUGGUCAUUAGUAGGCUCAUGGAUUGGUACUUCAUUAAGUGGGAUUAUUAAUCAAGGGGUUUCCAACACAGUAACUCAAAUCGAUGACUAUUUAGUACCAUUUAGUGCCGGUGGAUUGAUUUAUAUCGCUGCCAUCCAUGUAUUGCCUGAGAUUCUUAACUUCCCAGAAGGUAAGACAAAAUCUCAAUUAAUGAUAUUAUGGUGUCAGCAAGUAGCAGCAAUAAUAUUCGGAUUUUAUAUAAUGGCUUUAAUGGCAGAAUAA